CAGCUUGGUGGUAGCCAAUAGGACAUGAGCCCGACUAAGAGUAAUGUUACAGAGCCGAGAGCAGAGUGAGAAGACUGCGUAUCGCUAUUACCUCCACACAGCCAUUGCAGUACAUUGAGAAUCAGCAGCAGCCUUUGGAAUAUCAGAAAGAUGGGGAAAGACCCAACCAAACCAAGAGGCAAAAUGUCCUCUUAUGCCUAUUUUGUCCAGACCUGUAGAGAGGAACAUAAGAAGAAACACCCUGACACAUCAGUCAACUUCUCAGAAUUUUCUAAAAAGUGCUCUGAGCGGUGGAAGACUAUGUCAGCCAAGGAAAAGGGCAAGUUUGAAGAUAUGGCCAGACUUGACAAAGCACGUUAUGAGAGGGAGAUGAAGAACUAUGUUCCUCCCAGAGGUGAAAAAAAGAAGAGGUUUAAGGACCCCAAUGCUCCCAAGAGACCCCCGUCGGCCUUUUUUAUUUUUUGUGCGGAGUAUCGGCCCAAGGUGAAAGAGGAGACCCCAGGUCUGUCUAUUGGAGAUGUGGCUAAGAAACUUGGUGAGAUGUGGAACAAAACGUCUGCUGAGGAGAAGCAGCCUUAUGAGAAGAAGGCAGCCAAACUGAAGGAGAAAUAUGAGAAGGACAUUGCUGCAUAUCGAAAAGGAAAAGUUGUAGGGGGUGCUGCCAAAGCUCCUACCAAACCGGACAAAGUGGAUGAUGACGAUGAUGACGACGAAGACGAUGAUGAUGACGACGACGACGAUGAUGAUGAGGAUGAUGAGUAAAUUGGUUACAAAGAAGAGCUUGGAUUCUUGUUUAUAAAAGCAUUUAACCCCUGUACACACUUAACUAUGGCCAUCGAAUAGGCAAAUGUGGAAAAGUAAAAUGAGAAAAAAAAAAAAAAAGUUAAGAUAGUGUAUAUGAUAUUGUUUUUAAGCUGUACAGUUCCCCUUUUGUAUAGUAACACUACAAAAGUGUAAUGUGUUUGUCUCUCCUCUUAUUCACUCCUGUUUCCCAAUACUUGGAAUUUCUUUCUCUCUUUUAUUUUUAUUUUUUUUUAUUUGAGGGUAAUGGUAGUCACUAAAGCCAUGAUUUUUUUUCCCAUUAAAGUAUAGGUUUUUUUUUUGUUGUUGUUUAUUUGGGAGGGCAGGGCCGCAAAUUUAUUUUACUUGGAAUUGGAAGUUGCACAACACACAACCUAGGUUAAAUGUGAGGUUGUAGUUCAGAACCUUGUUCUUUUAUUCUUUUACAUCACUAUUGUUAGUAAAAUGCAGUAUCAAUUAUUUUACUGUGCUUUAAAUACCACUGUAAUUGCCACAAUGACUUAAAUAAGUAAGAAAAUGCAAUUAAGUUGACAUUCUGGUAUGCUUCUGACAUCAAUAAACUUUUUUUUUUUUUUUUUAAUAAAAGUGGUUUCAGUUCUUUACUUUGCAACAUUUGACUGGUGUCUUGAAUAAACUGAAUUUAGUGUUUGUGUAUUUGUGUUGUGUGUUAUGUCAAGUAGAAUUUUAUCAUUUGUAUCUUGUUUACCAACUACCUGCUUGAUGUAGGAAAUAAAGUACAUACUGCCACCCAGUGGCACCAAA